CGACGACAGCCGCGUGUUUACCGAGAAGCCACCCACUCCGUCUGCGGGUGGACGACUCACUACGAGAAAACCGAAGCCCGCGGGGCGAGUAACUCCGGAGCGGAAAAAGCCGACAACUCAGUCCGCGAUAGAGCUCACCACCACCAAGGGACGACAACUCAAGCCCAACGGGGCGGUGACUAUGAAAUGGAAUAAACUGAAAACGACCGCAUCGAGUCUGUGCUCGGAACGAAACGUCCACAACGAAAUGAACAAGUGCUCUCUGCACCUGGAACAACCGCCAGAAGUGAUGGACAGAGAGGGAUGCAGGUAGAUGUGGUUUGGCCUUCAUUCUUAUUACAUAGAAUAUGUGAACAUGUAACCUCUAUUGCAGUGGUUUUCAACCUUCCUAAUGCCAUGACCCUUUAACACAGUUCCUCAUGUUGUGGUGACACCCCCCCCAUCCCCCCAAAACCAUAAAAUUAUUUUCGUUGCUACUUCAUAAAUAUGUGUUUUCCGAUGGUCUAAGGCGAUAACUGUGUACGGAGCGUGCGACCCUCAAAGGAGUGGGACCCACAGACUGAGAACCUCUGUUAUUGUGGAUUUCACCCGUAUUUAAAGAAUACCUUACCAAAAACUCUGCAAUGCCUUCAUUUUAUGAUUUUAUUAUAGGCUAAAUUGUUUGUUUGGGGGGCGGGGUCAUUUAUAUGGUAAUCUUUGUAAUGCUUGAUCAAAGGCAUCAGAUGAUUUUAGUUGCUUCAAUUUCAAGGAGAAAAAUGCCAACGUUUUGUUUUUUUGAGAAGUUUUAGUGACGUAAAUUUUUAAUUUUAACAUAAUUUUUUAUUCUUAUUGUUCUCUUCAAAUUUAAACGUGCACUCUAUAGUAUACGUAAGUAUGGAACAAAAUAAAGCCAUGUCGAAAUUGUUCUAAAUCUUUGCCUUCAUGUUACCUCAGAUACCAGCGCAACUUUCUACAAUGCCUGAAUCGUUUGAUGAGAAACUGCCCCGACGUCACUGGAAACUUUGAUACCAUUCUAGCCGUGUCACAAGAAACGUUUGACAUUCUGUGUAAGUGUUAUACUUGUGUUUAAAAAAAAAAAAAAAAUGGCGUUUAGAAAACUAAACACUACCUUUCUGAAAGGAAUAAGAUGUCAAACAAAAUAAAUUAAAAUUUUUUUAUUUAUUUUUUUUUAAUUAAAAAAAAAAAAAAGAUGGCUUUUAGAAAAAUAAACACUGCCUUUCUGGAGGGAUUGAGAUGUCAAACAAAAUAACUUAAAAUUUUUUUAUUUAUUUUUUUUUAAUUAAAAAAAAAAAAAUCAAAAGGCAUAAUAAUUUUGAAUUGGUUAUUAUAACAUCAUAAACAAUCUGUAUUAAUAUAAAUUUCUAGCAAUUAAAACCUUUCCUUGAUGAACAUAAACCUUUUCAACCGUAACAACAAACAACACAACCGAAUGGAACAAGUACUUUAAAAUUAAAUAUAUAACCAGAUCGAUACCCAUUUCAAACAACUCAUUCGUAACGCUAUUUAACUCUAAUAAUUAAUGACCAACACUGCUAUAAAUCAAUGAAGAAAACUUUGAAAACUUACCGCAAACUGUGAUGAGGGAAACUAAACAUAUCUACGUUCUUUAAAAAAAAAAAAAAUUACAAAAAAAGAAACAACAAAAUUAGAUCGGAAAAAAAAAAAAAAAAAAAAAAAAAAAAAAAAAAAAAUAAAUAAACCCCCCCCCCCCCCCACUUUAAAAAAAAACAACAAAAAAACAAAACACCGGAAGUGGUGAUUUUAUGCUUUAAAAAAAAAGAAUGUUAAAAAAAAAAGUUCAAAGGUUUUUUGUAUAAAUUGUCUCAGAGAUCUCCUAUAUACCUAAAAAUUGGACCAGUUUUAAAUAUUCUUUUUUAUAAUCGUUCCUGUUAGACAUUAUUAGCAAAGAGCAUUCAUGAAAACUCCAGUUUGUUACUUCAGUAGAACAGUUUAAACUAAAUUCAAAUAAUUCUACAUUGUUUUAAUACCAAUCAAUCAAGUUUCGCAAAGGAAGCCCGGCAGUAUGACAUGGAAUGCGCGGUCAGUCAUCAGAAUCUAUUUCUUUGACAUCUAUUUGAACAGGUUGUCGGGGUUCCUACUUCCUCAUCUCACAUCUCAUUUUCUUUUGGUCCAAUCACGACUUGGAUACAACCCAUAAACAAGGGGNGUGAGGAGGGGGGGGGUCUAACGUUAGCCAUCAUUUGAGCAUUCGUCGGUUGUGUGUCAUUUGUUAAAGUAUCUAGACACCAUUCCGUGGGGGGGAGGGGGGGUGGGGGGGAGGAAGGGAAAUCCAGCUGCAAGGGUUGUCAAACAUUCGGAAUGAUAAACGGAUUAAAUUAUCCACUAAAAAUAGACAGUGUUCUUGAACUGGCAUUUCAAAACGGGACAGGCCGUCUUAAUGCCAAACCUUGGAAACGACUUAAAUACACUAAUGUACCCUCUGGUGGUACAUGUACGACAGAAUUUGAGAAUCGAAUCUCUGUGCCAAUUUUUUUUUUACUCUCGUUUAUGGUGCGCUGCGUGCCGUUGGGGUUGUAAGUAGCCAUAAACUUCGCACAUCCGUGCUUAUCAAGACAUUCGGGAAAACGUGUGAUGUUUCCCAAAGAACGGAAUGGAGGAUAUGGGGCUUCAAAAUGGAAAGACACGCGGGCCACGAAGCAAAUGGAAAGUUCAACCAAUAGCGUUACAUCUAUUGGUGAGCCAUCAAUAGGAAACUUUUGAUUAAAAUUAGCUCAAAUGAAUCAGUCACUUCGGUAUUUGACCUGAUCGCCCUGCUUAAAACAUGCACAUAAAUACAUAAUAAAUGCCAGCGUUUUUUUUCUUUCUGUUUAUUAUUAAAAAGUUAUAAUCGUCAAAGCUGCGGUGUUCGAGAGAAAUAAAGCAUCUCCAAUGUUUCCCCCUGCAGUAACAAUGACAGGGACCCGAGCUAGAUAGGGGCCCGAGUAAGAUAGGGGCCCGAGAAAGAUGAGGCCCGAGCCAGAUAGGGGCCUGAGUAAGAUAGGGGCCCGAGAAAGAUUAGGCCCGAGCCAGAUAGGGGCCUGAGUAAGAUAGGGGCCCGAGCUAGAUAGGGGCCCGCCCUUUUUCGAGUUUUAAAAAAAAUAUACGCACAUGUUUGAAACACGAAAGGGGCUAGAAUUCUGUCAGCUGCCUGGGCCCCAGAAUUUCCUAGGCGCGGGCCAGGAAGACUGACUGAUCUCUUCUUUGACUCUCUCAUGAGGUGGAAGUUAGCUACUGCGGAUUGGAAGAAAAAAAAAAGAAGAAGUACAUUUUUAAAUGAUGAAAAUAAAAUGUUUAAAAAUAAAAUUUAAAACCAAAAACGUUGACAUGUGCAUGAAUAGACGAUGGGUUCUAAGAACUUCAACAUGUUUAGUAUCACCUAUGUAUUUAAAUGGUGGCUUUUUUCUUUAAAUAAUUUUUGUACUAACGUUGUCCAAACGGCCAGCGGCGAAAUGGACUGGAGGCGAAAAAGCCCGGAGGCGAAAUAGCCCGGAGGCGAAAUGGCCCGGAGGCGAAAUGGCGUGGAGGCGAAAUGGCGUGGAGGCGAAAUGGCCUGGGGGCGAAAUACGGUCGGUGAAUCACCAUAGAUCCCGGUAAGCCAAGAUAUUCGGUUUGGGUCUCUAACUCAGAGAAAUAUAAAAUUCACCCCCCCCCCCACAAACUGCUAAAAGUAGGUCCAACUAUAUACUGAUCAUUGUUGACAAAAGAUACAGUUCUACACGUCAUGAGCGAAAUGGCGUGGAGGCGAAAUGGCCGGGGGGCGAAAGACGGUCGGUGAAUCCCCAUAGAUCCCGGUAAGCCAAGAUAUUCGGUUUGGGUCUCUAACUCAGAGAAAUAUAAAAUUCACCCCCCCCCCCCCACAAACUGCUAAAAGUAGGUCCAAAUAUAUACUGAUCAUUGUUGACACAAGAUACAGUUCUACACGUCAUGGACGAAAUUAAAUUAUUGUUAUUAUUUUUUUUUGGUGGAAAAGUGGAAAGGGGGGGGCACUUAUUUGAAUACCGUUGUCAAUUAUAAAUUAAGUACACAUGUAUAACAAAUUCAUCCCUCCAAUGCUUAGUUAAUAACGCAAACCUUGCCUCGUGAAAGUAAGAAGCAGGAACAUUAACGCGCCUGUUGGGAUUCCCCAAGUUGUCGUCACAUCGGGACAUCCUUAAACCAUGAUCAAGGCCGAAUCCAGAGCAACGAUUGUAAGCCUCACUUUGAACAUUUCUUGACACAGCAACUACGUCCGGAAAAAAAAAAUGUAACAUGAUUAUUUCACUACGGAACCAUCAUUUCCAAUGUUAAUACAGGAUCCGGGUGAUGUAUCCAAAAAGCUUAGAGAAAAAGGGCGUGGGGGGGGGAUGAAUGACUAACUAUGAUUAUCAUCCCAUUUUCCAGAUCGUGCGCCGCACUUCUAUAAUCUUAUCAUUUCCUGGAAUACGAGGAAGAUGUUUUUUGUUUUUGUUUUUUUUUUCAUCUUCAUCGAGGAUAAUAAACUGUGGAUAAAAACACACCCCAAAAAAAAAAAAUAAUAUAUAACUAAAAUCCGAUAAUCCUUUGUGCAGACGAUGUGGAUCUUCAAGAACCGGAGACCAGUUCGCGGCGUCGUCACUUGAAUGUGAAAGGCAGCUGAGUCUAUAACAAAAUCUUCUCGUGGCGGGCUUGGGCGCCCGCAGGUAGGGGCAAGGUGGGGCACUUGCCCCCCCCCCUGGAUUGAUUGGAUAAAAAAAAUUAUAGACAAAAAUAGACACAAAAUGUAUUAAAGUAAAGAGAAAAUAAAGGGAAAGUAACUAAGAUGAUGCCCUGUCCGUUCGUUCACCAUACAAAUACGCUACAGUAAAUUAAAAUUACAUUAAAACAUUACUAAAAUUUGUUUGCCCCCCCCCACUGGAAAGUUAAUCGAUUUUUUUGCCCCCCCCCCCAGAAAGUUUUCUGCGGCCGCCCAUGGUGGCGGGUACGUUGCCAAUGUCACGUUGAUUUAAGUCGGAAUUAAAAUUGCUGUUUAUAUAAUAUCAACAUUUGCACCUCGGUAUACGUCCUUAAUCCGUUCCAGAUCCUUGGACGUAUACCAAACAGGACGUAUGCCAAACGUAGUUUUACCAUAAGAAAUAUAGGGAAAAUGAUUCAUCCGUUCCCAUGAUAAAAAAAAAUCAUAUUGUUAUUGGCAUAUUAUACAUUUAUUGAUGCGGUUGAAUGAAAUAAUUUAAACAUUGCUUAAUACUAAAAUACAUAAAUAAAAAGAACUUAGGUGAAAUAAAUGAAAAUUGAACCUCACUUUACCUUGGUGAGAAGAGUCAAGUGCUUACUAAUAUGGUGCUGAGAAGGAGGAGAUGUUAUUGUUUUGAAGGAGAGUCCGCGUCUAUUAAAACUUCAGGAAUAUUGCAUUCUGUUGCUUUUUUCUGUCUCUUUUCCCUAGUUGACACUGGUUGAGGCUCAUCAGGUUUGACUUUUACUAAAAAUCUGUCUAAAGAUGCUUACUUUUGAUUUAUCCUUAGGAUGUUUCGAAAAUGUGACAUUCUCUGGUCAUUCCAGCCAAUGCUAUUACGACUUGUUUGGGCUUUGUUGGGGUGGUACUUUUCUGCAAAGUUUUUGACAUCCAUCCAUUUAGCAAAGAUUUCCUCGAUUGAUGAAGUAGGAUCUUCCUCUAUCGCCUCCUCCUCAGAGCCUGAAGAGAGUGGAUCCAUCCUAGUCUUUGCGCGAUGUGUCAUUUUGACACAUACAAGUUGGAGCACGCAUGAGGGUCUUACACCAAACGAUAGGUCGUAUACCAAAUAAAAUGUUUCUCGUCCAAACAGGACGAGAAACAUGGGAUACAUGAGUUCCUACUCUUUAGGGUUCAUGUACUGUACAUAGUUUUAGGUUCACUUAAUCCAGUGGGUUUCGACCUUCCCAAUGCCGCGACCCUUUAAUACCGUUCCUCAUGUUGUAGUGACCCCGCAACCAUAAUAUGAUUUUCGUUGCUACUUCAUUAACAUUUGUCUUCCAAUGGUCUCAAGUCAUUAAUAUGUGUUUUCCGAUGGUCUUAGGCGACCCCUGGUGUAAGCGUCGUUCGACCACCCAAAGGGGUCUCGGCCUACAGGUUGAGAACCGCUGACAUAAUCCGUUGGGGUGUGGUAGAUUGUGUGCCAACAAGAAAGAAUAUGCAGACAUGUUAACAUACUUAACAUAAAUUAGUAUGUAAACAAUUGUGUGAAAAAGUGUGUGGGUAUUUAAUGGGGAGCAAAAAGGGAGAUUGACAAGAUUGUCAGCUGGCGAAGCCAAAAGUACGUAAAGCAUUGACUGCACCAAAACUACUUAAAAUCCAAUCAACAAGAUGAAUGGCAUUUCUGUUCAUUUUCUUUAAAAAAAUAUUAAAAAACGGAUGUAAGUUGAUCUGCUUAAACUACAGAGGAAUCUCCCUCUUUCAUGUAAUGUACAAAAUCCUUACAAAAAUUACAGUAAGGAAAACUGGAAAGGGCAGUGAACAGAUCCUAGGGGACUAUACCAAUGCGGAUUCCGGCAGAAUAGGUCAACCACAGAUCCUAUUUUGACUAUUAGAUGUCUCCUGGAGAAAUGUUACGAAUAUAACAUCGACAUACACCAACUAUACGUGGAUUACAAAACAGCAUAUGAUAGCGUAGACAGGAAUUACUUAUACAAUGCUCUACAAGAACUUGGAGUUCCUAAAAAGCUUAUUCGGCUCAUACAUAUGCCGAUGGCCAACUCCAAAAGUAGAAUCAAGGUGCAGGGAGAAUACUCACGGGAGUUCCCAGUUAAUCAGGGCCUCAGACAAGGAGAUUCACUAUCAUGUAUCCUGUUUAACAUCAAGCCAGAAAAAGUUAUUAGAAAAAUACAUGUGGGCACCAGUGUAACCAUAACAAACUACUCCCAGAGAGGUAUUACAGAACAACAACCAUAUGGAACCUCAUAUACCCAGCCAUUGCAGUAUCUGGCAUACGCAUACGGUAUAACAGUAUUGACAUAUUUAAGCAUUCAGGGAACGUGAAAAUGCCUCAGUCAAGGCUUGUCUUGAUGUAAAUGAACCGAAGACAAAAUAUAUGAUAAUGUCACGAAACUCCCACGCUGAUGACAACAUCAAUAUAAACACCCACAGAUUUGAGAGAGUGGCUGCAUUCAAAUAUUUAGGGGCAACUAUAAACGAGCACAAUGUAAUAAUGUCGGAGGUUAAAGAAAGGAUAACAGCAGGCAACCGUUCCUAUUUCAGCCUCCAAAGCUACUGGAAAGCAAAGACCUCUAAAGGGGAGCAAAGGAGACAAUAUACACCACUAUCAAAAGACCGGUAGUAACGUACGCUAGUGAGACUUGGACCCUUACCAGAGAAGCAGAGAACUUUCUCAAUACAUUAGAAGGAAAAAGCCUCAGAAAAAAUAUAUGGCCUAGUGAUAGAAAAUGAUGUCUGGAGAUUCCGUACAAACCAAGAGCGAUACCAAUUGUACAAAGACCCACCCAUAGUCACAACGAAAGUCAGACUACGCUGGGCAGGACAUAUUGAAAGGAUGUCGGAAUGUUGAGCUGCCAAAGUGAUAUACAGGCAAAAGCCUCGGAGCAGAAGACCCACCGGUUGCCCAAGGCUGAAAUUGAUCGACGAUGGCGAGAAGGAUUUACAUCAGUUGGGGGUUUGCGCAUGGAGGCAGAAAGUCAUGGAUCGAUCCGAAUGGAAGGAUGUGGUGGAGCAGGCCAGGGCCCUACAAUGGCUGUAGCGCCAUCGAUGAUGUUCAGUUUCACCGCCGAAAUGCUGCGACUACACCCUUGAUCAAGUACCCUGGAACAGCUGCAGCUUGUGACACUCGGGCGGCCCUUCACGUUGCAGCCCUUAAUUAACGAAAAAACAUUAUGUUUAAAGUCUAUACCCAGAGAAAGUGAGCCUUAUAACGUUAAUGAAUUGGGCCGCAAAGGCCGUAGAAAGGCAAAAUAAUUGCCUCCCUGAGCUGACCGACCCCACCAAUCCCUUAUUUCUUCUUCCGUGUUUACAUACAUGGACAUAACUAAAUACACAAAUACAUCAUAAACAUAUUGUAUAACUUACUUUGAUGACAUAUUAUACAUUUAUGCCAUCCUCCAAGGUUCCCAUGUGAAGUGCCCCUCGGAUGUCAUUGACAGUAGAGAAGACAUUGUCAGUUUCUGUAUGAAAGAUAUUGAGGACUCCUCGCCGUCGACUGGGGACUAUUGCAGGUAAUAGAUUAUUUUUUUCAUAUGUUUCAAGGAAUGACUUUUUAGCAUGCAGGCCCAUAUUGAUAUGUGUAUCACCAGCUUCUCUCCCGACGGUUAUUGUAACGAGUAUAAGUCAAGAGACAUGAGUUCCACAUUGUGCUACAAUAUAAGUCAAGAGACAUGAGUUCCACAUUGUGCUACAAUAUAAGUCAAGAGACAUGAGUUCCACAUUGUGCUACAAUAUAAGUCAAGAGACAUGAGUUCCACAUUGUGCUACAAUAUAAGUCAAGAGACAUGAGUUCCACAUUGUGCUACAAUAUAAGUCAAGAGACAUGAGUUCCACAUUGUGCUACAAUAUAAGUCAAGAGACAUGAGUUCCACAUUGUGCUACAAUAUAAGUCAAGAGACAUGAGUUCCACAUUGUGCUACAAUAUAAGUCAAGAGACAUGAGUUCCACAUUGUGCUACAAUAUAAGUCAAGAGACAUGAGAUCCACAUUGUGCUACAAUAUAAGUCAAGAGACAUGAGUUCCACAUUGUGCUACAAUAUAAGUCAAGAGACAUGAGUUCCACAUUGUGCUACAAUAUAAGUCAAGAGACAUGAGUUCCACAUUGUGCUACAAUAUAAGUCAAGAGACAUGAGUUCCACAUUGUGCUACAAUAUAAGUCAAGAGACAUGAGUUCCACAUUGUGCUACAAUAUAAGUCAAGAGACAUGAGUUCCACAUUGUGCUACAAUACUAGAACACUUUGAGACGUUUGCAAGAGAUAUAAGUUCCACACUGGGUUACUAUACUGGAAAGCUUUAAGAGGUUUGCACGAGAUAAGAGUUCCACGCUGUGUUACUAUACUAGGAAACUAAUAAUAGAGAAUAAACUACUUCUUUUGAAAAUGCACAUUAAAAUAUUUUUUUUUUUAGAUUGAAAUACCUAAGUCCGUUAAUGUUUCUAUCAAAGGCUUUACAACGAGUGGUAGGAUAAGGUUACUUAAAAGUUUUACAGUAUUACCAUCUAGUCUUGGGGUUUGUGACACUAUGGCGCUACUACGAACUUGUUUGACACCUUUUGUCUUCCUCGUUCCUUCGGAUGUUCCCUCUGGCAACCUUCACAAAGCCUGAACAAACCAAGAAACAACCGUUUGGUUGGAACUAUCUUAUCAUAGCUGAGUUAACAGCUAGCAACUGCUCCUCAUCGCUGCUAGAAGCAGACGUCAAACAUGAAGCGAACUUUCGAACAACAUUUUUAAACUAACAGAACUAAUUUUUUUUUUUUUUUAAAUUUGAUUCUUCCCUCGAGAGAUGUUAGCAAAUAAUUGACAAUGUUGCCAUGUUUACAGAAAACUGUCAGAGGUUCCCAAGUGCGUUGAGAAGUUGCGACCCAUUUGUCCGCCCCACCUGGACGCUUACCGGGUGGACGGUGCCCUGAGCAUGCUGCAGGCCAUGUUGAAACAGAACUGUGAGUUGUCAGUUUGUCGUGACGAGAUUGUGAGGCCCCCGGGAGGGCAUUGACCCUCUACUCAAUUCAGUCCCUAUAUGUAGAGUUAAAUUCGUUGGCUCCGAAUUUUGCAGCAUACAUGUUGUGAUUUGUGGGGGAUGUUCUGGAAAAUAUUGUAGUUGUUAAGUAAUACAGGACAUUGUCUUCAUUUCGCAUUUCAGUUAUCUUACCGACUUAUUAAAACAUCGCUAAUUGACAUCUUUUAUUUUUAUGUCAGGCAAUGUGAGAAUACGAUGAGUGCACACUCAAAGAGCAACAUGAGGCAAACGGUAUUUCUUGACGAUGUAAAAACAACAAGUUCUAUCAAUGAUGAAACCUAGUGCCUUCAGGAGCAGUGCAGAAAACAAAAAAUUUACAAAUACAUUCAAGCAUUGUAAAUUUAUUGAUAAAACUAAAUGAUCUGAAACUAAACAGUUUCAACGCUAAUCUUGGAAAGAGAGUGUCUUAUCCACACCAAUGAAUCCUUUAAUUCUACUGUGCUAUCUGUAGGUUCAUGAUGUAAUACCUGU